AUGUUUGUAUAUCAACUACUCCUUAGAAACAAUACUCUCAUGCUUCUCAUUCGAAUUAUAUGGGUCGUAUUAAGCCUUCUGGUUGUACCGGGACAGGCAUUGAUACGAAUUAAAAAGCGACCAAACCAUCGUUUGUUCACAUCCCAGUUUACAUCAUGUUCUGUAGAUUCUCCAUUGCAAUUUGAAUUGUUUGAUGCAACAUAUUAUGCGCGGAAUUUCUCUAUUGUGUUCAAUAUUUAUGGAAGGAGCUCGGUUGAUAUGAAUGCCACAUUAGACAUUUCAAUACUGGCAUAUGGAGCACGACGCUCGCGAUUUGUGUUUGAUCCCUGUGAAAUUAAUCUUGAUUCAUUUUGUCCUGUAACGAAAGAUCAAAAUAUGUUCGCACAGGGAGUUUUACCUGUAAGCCCGCAAGACGCCGAUACUAUUCCAAGUAUAGCAUGGUCAAUUCCUGACUUUGAAGGUCUCGUCACAUUCCGCGUAUUAAAAAAGGAGGACCUUAAUGCAAGUUUGCCAUUAGAGCAGGCUGCAAGCGAAGCACAACCCAUUGCUUGUAUGGUUGCCUCCUUGGCAAAUAAGCACACGUUUCGUAAUCGUGCCAUUGUAGCUGUAUCAGCAGCAGCAGUAGGAUUAAGUUUUAUUGGAAGUAUUGGUUUCCUACUUAUUUGCACAGGAAGAAGCAUCAGUUUCGCUCACACAACAAUCACUCAUUCCAUACCAACCGGCUUACAAGUGAUUACCCUGUUUCAGACAAUUCCUUUGAUAGCAGCUGUUGGCGUACAACAUUCAAGAAUAUUUACGGCGUGGGCUAGUAAUUUUGCUUGGACCUUGGGAUUCACAAUUACAAGCGUUAUGGAAAAUACAAUUAACAGAUUCCGCAAUCAAACAGACAUGCACAAGCUGCAGACAUUCCAAACAGUGAGCUUGGAUGAUGGCACAGACAUUAGUGUGCCACGACUAGCACAAAUGCCAGGGAUAUUCCGAGGUUUUCACUCGUUAGCCAUUGACAGAGGGACGGUUUUUACUAACCUGUUCAUGUACACUUUCUUUUGGCUCCUAAUCUCAAUUGGUAUAGUUGUUGCGAUGAAUGUCACUUUCAAACUUUUUAUGGCUAUCAUUACAAAAACCAAGCUAGCACAAAAAGAUUCAAGAGUCUUUGUCCGAAAGUACUGGAUUCGAGUGACAUUUUCGUUUGUUGCGAAAUGGUUACUCAUGGCACUUCCCGGAAUAGCCGUGUUGAUUUUUUACGAAUUCUCGCUGCAAGAAGCAUGGGGUCCAAUUCUGCUGGCAGCCUUACUGCUGGUUGCACUUGUCGCUCUGUUUACAUGGUCAGCAAUUCGAAUUACCGCGUUGGCCAAAUGUAGUUUGGAAACACUGGGAAAUCCGAGAGUCCUGCUUUUUAGUCAUCCAAACGGGUAUACUUGGUGGGGAUGGAUGUAUCUUCCGUUUCGUGAAGAAGCCUGGUCAUUUUCAUUCCUUCAACUUUUAAACAUCCUUGCCCAGUCAUUGGUGCUAGGUCUUGCCCAAGAAAAGCCAAAGAUCCAGGUUAUAUUGUUGCUUGUGUUUCAGGUAAUAUGGGCUACUGCUGUUUUCUCACUUAAGCCAUUCUGUGGACGGAAGAACAUAGGACUAAUAUUCGUCGUGUUCACGUUCUGGUCGCUUUGGAAUGCAAUUGAAAUGCUGUUAACGGCUCUUACGUCCGCAAGAUGGGAGCCCAAAUGGCUUAAGAAAUGCCAAGCAACCUAUGAAGAACAAUUGCAACCAACUGAAACUAUUAGAUCUUCUCAAAAGAGCGAAGACAUCGUCACAUCCAUGACCCAAAUGACACAAGCUAAGACACCAGACACAGAAGAAAAAGACAUUAUCCUUUAA